AUGAGUGAUAUAGAAGGAAAUCAUAUUGUGCUCGCGGAAUCAUUAGAAGAUAAUGAGGAAACUUUUGUUACUAAUGAUGAAAUUACCAAAGAAAAUGAGUGUCCUGCGUUAAACGACUCAUUGCCAGAAGAAGACAGUGAUCUUAUCCCUAAGGUUGGAAUGAAGUUCAAUGAGGAGAAGGACGUUUUUGAGUUUUACAAAAGAUAUGCGUCCCAUGUGGGUUUUCCCGUGAAAAGAAUGAGUUCGAGGAAGGGUGAUGAUGGGGUACUAAGAUAUGUGGGAUAUGCAUGUAGCCGAGAAGGCAAAAGAAAUAUUACAGCUAGCACCUCUCUGAAGCCUCAACCAACUGUUCAGUUAGGGUGUAAAGCCAGGAUAUCAGCAUGUUCAGAUGUUUUAGGAACAUGGCGAAUAACCAUUGUCCAUCUUGAGCAUAACCAUAAAACAAGUCCAACCAAAUCUAGGUUAUAUCGAUGCAACAGACAAUUAAGUGAACAUGUGAAGCGACAGCUUGAAGUUAAUGAUAUAGCUAGAAUUCCAUUACACAAAAGUUAUAACUCAGCUGUUGUUGAAGCUAGUGGAUAUGAGAACCUGACGUUUGUGGAAAAGGAUUGCAAGAAUUAUAUUGAUCAGGUGAGGAGAUUAAGACUUGGGGAAGGAGAUGCUGCUGCUAUUCAAGCUUACUUUUCGAAGAUGCAAGCUUUUUGUCCGAGUUUUUAUUUUAGUGUGGAUUUGGAUGAAGAGGGUCGAUUGAAGAAUAUUUUUUGGGCUGAUAAUAGGUGUAAACAAGCAUUCAAGGAAUUUGGCGAUGUUGUCACAUUUGACACCACAUACCUGACCAAUAGGUACGACAUGCCAUUUGCUCCAUUUGUUGGUGUAAAUCACCACGGACAGUCGACACUGUUUGGAUGUGGUAUAAUUUCCAACGAGGACACCAGGACUUUCAUGUGGUUGUUUAGGACAUGGCUUGAGUGUAUGGAGGAUCAGGCUCCUGCAAGAAUAAUCACUGAUCAAGAUAGGGCCAUGCAAAAUGCUAUUGAAAUUGUCUUCCCUAACACUAAGCAUAGAUGGUGUCUGUGGCAUAUAUUAAAGAAGUUGACUGAAAAGUUUGGGAACCAUAGCUGUAAGGCACAUAUUCUUUCGGGCGUACAUGACGCGAUGUAUGAAUCACAAAGUCCUGGUGAAUUCGAGCAAGCCUGGAAUUCAAUGAUUGAGAAAUAUGCAUUACAAGACAAUGAUUGGUUGUCUGGACUUUACAAAGAAAGAGGUCGAUGGGUCCCAUGUUUCGUGAAAACCAGUUUUUGGACAAGGAUGUCGACAACGCAACGGAGUGAGGGUAUGAACGCAUUCUUUGAUGGAUAUGUACACUCGAAAACCUCGUUGAAGCAAUUUGUUGAACAAUAUGAGCGGGCAAUGAGGUGUAAAGUUGAGAAGGAGUUUCAGGCCGACGUACGGUCAUUCUCUCAGAUGGUCCCAUGUGCAUCGAGGUAUGCCAUCGAGAAACAAUUUCAAGAAGUGUACACAAUCGCAAAAUUCAAGGAGUUUCAAGAAAAGUUAACUGGGAAGAUGUAUUGCUCGAUUGUGUCUAUUGAAGAGGGACCGUUGGAUACGAGGUAUGAGGUGCGAGAAGAUAUCAUAAUUGAUGAAAGAAUAAAGGAGAAAAAAAAUUCGAUUAUUUUUGAGAAAGAAAGAUGUGAUAUUGUUUGCAGUUGUCACAUGUUUAAGUUUAAGGGAAUAAUUUGUAGACAUGCAGGCACAGUAUUGAUCCAAAAUGGUGUCAAAUUAAUUCCUGAGAGGUAUAUCUUACGGCGAUGGAGGAGGGAUGCCAGUAGAUCCUACAUGAGGGUCAAGAUCAAUUACAAUGAUUGGAUUAGUACGCCUAGCCAGCUAAGAUACGAUCAACUGUGCACUGCGUUUGCCAAGGUAGCAGACUUGGUAGCAAACGACGAAGAACAGACCCGUGCAACUAUGGAGUGGAUCCAAUCUCAAUUGAAUGCAUUGAACAGAUCGAAUGCAAAUACAAGCUAUGGGAGUAAUAUAUACGUUCAACACAGUGUGCAAGAACAAGUUCGUAGUUGUGGAGAGGCAACAACAGCUUCAAGCAAACAAAUAAUGGAUCCAAUAUGCUCACAGAGAAAGGGAGCCCCCAGGAAGCUUCGCAAGAAGGGCCCAUUGGAAACACGUAGCAAGAAAGCGAAGGUGGGAUCCUCAAAAUCAAACCAAGGCAAUGCCUCGAGUCAAAAUAUUAUCAAAGAUGCUCAAGCAUUCAAUCAUGCUUUUUCACAAUCACAAGAUGCACAGUAUCAAGCGCUUCCACCAAUCACCCACUCACAACAAUUGAUGGAUUUUCAGGGUCGAUGGUUGAAAGUGAAUUCCGUUGUAGAGAAGCAGCCUCGCGAUAGUGGUUAUGGUUACGGUGCUGGUAGUGUAGGUUAUGGAGCCAAUGGUGGGGAGCACAACUUCAAUGGAUAUGGUCAGGGCCAGCCCUGGGCAUAG